AACAAAGUUAACUGUGACGCUAUUGACAGAUCUGUUACAAUGAAGACUUUCGCAAUCAUUUUUAUCGCUAUGGUUUUUGGACGCUGCGCGUUGAGCGAUUCCAAUGAAAGUGGUGCAAAAGGCGACAAGUGCCAGCCUCAUGAUAAAAUAAAUUCGAUACACCCUCAGACUCUGUUGGCGUUCAUGUCAUAUGAAAAAGAUACGGACGAGUUAAAGGGAAGUCUCUCGAAAUUUUGGAAUAUAGCCGCUCAAGGGCGCGUUUCCUCUGAUCAAGCUGACCAGGCAUUGGAUUUGGAUGACCAAUUCAACCAACAGUUUGACACAUUUUAUAAGGACGAAGCCAAGUUUGUAGCCAUCCAACCCAAGUUGAUAAGUUUACAAAACACGUUGUUCCCCAUCCGUCAAAUCACCAAACUAAGUUGUGAUGACGAUUAUGCUUUCCAACUCACAGUAGUGUCUGACGAAGACGAUGAUUAGCAGACAGUUAACGAUUGUCCAUCGACAUAUUUUAACCACAGAAAUUGUCACAAAUAACACUAAUAAUUUGUCAUUUGUGAAAAUAAAAUAUGUUCAAUAUUUCGGUC